AUGAAGCGUUCGAAGCAUCAUCUUUGCUUUUUGCUGCUCCUAUACAUCUUCAUGGUUCGUUCUUUGGCUCAAGAUUUAACACUGAACGUCAACUUUGAUAAACCUAUCUCGGUUACCAACGAAAAGUUUCUUAGUCUCACUGUUGACCCAGCAACCCUGCUGACCGGAAGUGCUCUAAGCAAGGAUUUUGAGAAGAGCAUAAAUUUGGCAAGAGCACUUAGCCCGGCAUACAUAAGAUUCGAAGGACCAGGUAGAUCCUUCUUCCGGUUUGCCGAUCCAGACGCGAAGGAUAAGAACAGAAUAACUAUCCUAACUGAAUCUGAUUGGAUUCGAACUCAUCAAUGGGCGAAAAAAUCAGGAUUGGACGUAAUAGCUUGCAUCUCACCGGAUUAUCAACGAGAUGAAACCGAAGACACGAGGGAGAUAGUUUCUUUCAGCGAUCACGUGGCUUUCAACACGAGUUGGCAACUGGGAUACGAAUGUCAGACAGGAUGCAACAUCUCAGCCAGCGAUUUAGCGAGACAGACGGUGAAUCUACGAAAAAUACUGAACGAAUUUCCGAGAUACUCGAACAGCAUCGUUGCUGGACCGGAUGUCGUCGCUUAUAGAAGCGAUAAGCAACGACAGUACCUUCGAGAUUAUUUUGAUAUCGCUUCUCCUGCACUUUCAGCGAUCACUUGGCAUCCUGAUUUAGCUGGAGUGACUUUGGACAACGAAGGAGCCUUCAUACAUGAAGAUAAUUUAGAGAAGGACAGAGAAGAGCUUCUGAAAGUGAUUGGUCGCUUCGUGGAUAAACAACCAUUGUGGAUUGCGGAAUCCAAACCAGAGGAAUGCAAGAACCUCUACAUUGGGGCGCUGAUUUUAGCGAGAAGAUUAGGCAAUGCAGCAAGAUCGAAGAUAAACGUUCUAAUGAGGCAACCGACUGAUUUAACUCACCCAUCACCAGAUUACUGGGUGUCUUUGCUCCACAAAACUCUCGUUGGACAAAAGGUAUUCGAUGUAAAGAUUCAAUCCAGUAGCAAGAAUCACGUGUUCCUCUACUGUCAAUGCACCAAAGCUUCGAACAGAUACCAGAGAGGGUCUGUCACAAUUUUUGGCGUGAAUUUAAACCCUGAAGAGACUAUCAUUGAUUUGAAGGGGAUGAAAAUCAACACGGUCCAUGAAUACGUUCUUUCACCAGGUUUCGAUUCGCUCAAUAGAAUGUUUUCUGAGAGUGUUUUCUUGAAUAAUAAGACACUGAAUUUGAUCAACGACACAGUUCCUGAAUUGUAUCCGGUUAUUUUGAAAGAUCCAGAAGGUUUAGAACUUGAAUUGCAUCCAGGUGGCAUCGGUUUUUGGGUUCUUCCUGAUUUAAAAAUCAAAUCAUGCAUGGAAGAUGAUGCAAGUUUUAACUCUUCCGAAGAUUUCCAAAGUGAAGAGGAGCUGAAAGUUCACGUUACGAGAUCCGUGCAAGAUCGAUCAGCUUUGAAAACUGAGAAAAAACAGAAAAUUGAUUCUGAAGCAUCCAGGAAGUCAAUCUUGAAAAGAGAGCUCAAUAAACUGCGGAAGUACGCGAAGAAAAGGUUGAACGAUUACGAGAUCACGAAGUCCCCAUUGAAAUCUGAAGAUUCUUCCACUUCUAAAGCAGAAGAUACCAAGCAGGAAUCGCAGAACGAUAUUCAAAACAAAUUACAAGAAUUCAAGGAUCGCAUAUUACGAAUAAGAAGCAUAUCAAAUUCGAACAAAAUGAAAUCCAGGCUCAACAAAGUCGUUUCGGACGUAUCGUCGCUGGUAUCCAAGGUACAGAACGCUUUGGAUCCAACGAAACAGGAAAUCGAUCAUUCAGACAAAAUAAAAUCACCAAGAAGUGCGAAGAAUCAUUUGAAGGAUCUCUACGAUUUUCUGAAUCGCGUUAAUUUAAAUAAACCAAUCGGUGCAAUCAAACAAAAUAGGUUGUUCAAACGGGAUGUUACAGAGGUGAUACGCCCGAGUGUAAUUGAAUGGGACAAAAGUGACAGUGAUGAACAUACGUUUUAUGGAUUCUUCAAAAUGAAUCCUGCGGAAGGAUUCCCGGAAGGUGACGUGCAUUUCGCCACUGCGGAACAUCCUGAAAUAAGGAACAAUGGAAGAAGUGAAGGAACAGAUUCUAAUGUUCCAGCACCAGAAUACGAUGAUUACGAGGAGUACGAAUACGAUUAUCCGACUAGAUUCGACGAACCCUUUUUCGGACGACCAAGGACGUUGAAUGAUAAAAGUAAGAUUAGCGCAAGGAGAUCUGUUGAACUUUGGGAAGCAGAAGGGUUUCCCAUGAGAAAUGGAAGGUCUAAAAGAGAAGCCAAAGACUUGAACGCUAUACUGGAUCAAGAAAUGAUCAAGGAAGACGAUGCGAAUUCAAAAGACUGCAAGUGUAGAGUCAUUCGACAUCCACAGUCCUGUAAUUGCCGACCAAAGAGGGAUAUUAUGAAACCCAUAGAGUCUGUGGAGUCCGCAACUGUUUCCGAAGUAGCAUCUUUAACUUCGCACGAUAUGGCAGACGUAGAAGUAUUUUCGGAGCUUAAAGAAGCGCCUAUGGAGGCUGUGGAGAGUGAACAGAAUGUACCGAUUGAUUUGGAGGGAAUUCCAAGUAAGAUUGGUGUAACUCCGUUUACAACUCCCUUAAUUUCAAGGGAAACAAUCGGUGCACGUUCUGUAAAUCUUGAAGAGAUCAAUUCUGGAACAUUGUCCACAGUUUCUUCGUCGAUUUCAAAGAAAGGCGACGAAUCGACUCGAUCUCAUAGAACGCCGAUUCGAGGCGGAAGAAGGAAGUUUUUUCUUAAGAAAUCGAAGCAGGACGAGACGAAGGAGACCACGAUCGAUACUCUCGAGGAUCCUGCGGAAUAUAGUUCGAAUAGUUGGGAAAAUUCUACAUCCUCCAGCAGCAACGAGACUGCAACGGAAGAGGGCGAAGAAAGUUCAAGUACCACGUUCAAAUCGGCUACUUUAUGGGAACCGGAUAUCGCGAAAGAGGCCGAGAUGGAUUAUAAUAAUGAUCAAGCAGCCGUGGCAAGCUCCAAGAGGCAAGUCGUCAAUGAAAAUGUUCCAAAGGUAUCCGCGAAAGCUGCAAACAAGUCAACAAGUCCAUCGUUGAAAGAUUUUCGACGAAAUCGAAGGCAGAGACCGAAUCGAUUGAAUAGAAAAUUGAAAACUAACAUUGCCAAAGCUCGAGAAUCACGAUUGAUGCAGAGAGCAAAGGUACUGUCGGCAUUAGUGAAGAUGAUUCGUGGGAAAACAGGAGACGAGGUGUAUAAAUUUCGUCCAAAAUCAAGAUCGAGGACCAAAUCUGGAGAACGAUCCAAGACUCGAAAGGGACAGGCAACAAUAAACGAUAAAUCACCAGAAAAGAAAAAUAUAAUAUUACAGCAAGUCCAAAAGAGUAUUGAUAAUGAAAUGAACGAAAUGGUGAAUGAAAAGGACAGAAAUUUAAAAAGGAGACACGUAUGGGAGAUGAUCGAUGAUGAUGAGGAUUUUAAAGACGUGAUGGAUUCUGAAAAGUUAGCUUGCGUUUUGGUAUACAACCCGACGAACGAUGAAGAUAAUGAGAGUUAUGAAUCAAUUGAAAAAAGGGACGCUCCGAUCACUGAAAUCGUCAGAACAACAGAUAUCAGAGAGAGGCUUUUUAAUCCUAAAAAUCAAAGGAGCCAUUGUGACUCAACGCUUAUGGAACACUCAGAUCCUGAUAGUGUAAGGAAAGAAAUUGUCGAAUUGAAAGAUCUGUAUGAAAAGGAAGCAGCAACGAUUGGAGAAUCUGACGAGGAUGAUGGGGAUGAUGGUACGACUUAUUUUGUUUUGGUGGAAAACUUAGACAGGCCACGGUUUUUCCGUUUGCAAGAAAAACAAAGAAACGUACAGAAAUCAUCGCCUCGUUUGCGUUACAGUAACAAUUACAGGUAUAAUCAACCUAAAAAAGAAAUAUUCGUGAUUGAUCCCUCGGAAUACAGAGGUGGAGAACCGAUUUUACAACCGUACAGAGAUCCAUUAAAAUCAAGACCGAAUUUCAGGUCAAGAAAUCUAUACGAAGUAAUUCGUAAAUCCUUACAAAAGCCGUAUAACAUUCGUACAGUGGAACAACGCAAACGCGAGGACAAAGUCACAAACGAGGACGUAUCCGAAACAUCUGAGAAGUUAUCGGAAAAUGUAAACACUGGAGAGCUUUUAAAAGUUUUGAUCGACAAUCUUGACUUGCAAUCUGUCGAAGAGCUUUUCAAACAGCUCGACAAAUAUAAUACGACAGAUGAAAAGCGUAAUUUUAUACGCUCGAUCGUUGAAGAGAUGAGAAAGAAACGAUCGGAAGACGAAGAAAGUUCUGAGAGUAUGGGAAAUUCUAGAGAAAAUGAAUCUUUAGAGAUUCUUAAUAGCGAAGAGGUGAUGGAUCAAACAGAGAGUUAUCUGGAUGUUUCCAUAGAACAGGAUACGCAAAGCAACGAAGAUGACACCACUUUUGAAGUGUCCAUUAUAGGAGAACACCCUCCUGAAAGAAUAAUUGGACGACGACGAAGGGACACGAGUACUAAACCAGGAAAAAACUAUUCCAAGUGGUUUAAAUCAUCUAAAAUCAUGGAGAUUUUAGAGAAAAAUGAACAUUUUGGUAGGUUGCCGAGACAAGCAGUGGAUCAAGAAAACAUUAAUGAAAAUGCUGAUAUGGUACAACCAUCAGUACUGCAACAACUGGAAGGAUCUUCGAGCCCAGAAAUUCAGACAUCCACCGAGAUGGACGACAUAGAAAAAUCAUUAGUUCAAAAGGUACCUAUCGAAAGAUACACGAAGAAAGAAGAUCUAAACGAUGAGAACGGAUUGCAAUCUCUCAUACAGAAAAGUAUACCGAGUUUGCAAAACGUUGUGGUCGAUAGUUUACAAAAAGCUCGAAAUUUCACGGGAUCAGUUGAAGAGUUGAUUGAAAAUCUGGACGAAAAGUUUGACGAGGCAACAUCGGGCGAAGAUGAAAAUAACUCGAUCAAUUCUAGGUCAAUAACUACUACUCAAGCUGUGUUUCAUAAUGCAAUAACAAACGUGAAAAAAUUCUUUGCAUUGCUCGGUGGAAUUACACGAAUUUUACAAGGAUAAUUUCGCACAAAUUUUUAUUAUA